AUGAAGAGACGAUUCCUCUUCGCAAUCGAGUGUUUCGGGGAGGAUUUUCCAGCAUGCUGCAGCAGGACGGUAAGGAAAAGUUUCAGGUUCAUCAACCCCGACUGCUCCCUGGCGGCGGGCCCCUGCCGCUGCCAGAGGCACGGGACGGGGAAAAGGGAGGAGGAAGGGCCAGAGGCUCCAGCAGCCGGGAAAAGCCCAGGCACCGACGGCACGGACGGAGGGUGGGCGUGUGGAGUGGUGUUCCACUUCUUCUUGGUCAACGUACUCGUGAUGGGGAUGCUCAAGACCUUUGGGAUUUUUUUCGUGGCUUUCCGAGAGGAGGUGGGGGGCUCCUCCGAGCAAGUCAGCUGGAUCGGCUCCAUCAUGUCUUCCCUGCGCUUCUUAGGAGCCCCGCUCGUGGCCGUGGUCUGCAGGAGGCUGGGCGAGCGGACGACCUCCAUCAUCGGGGCCGGCUUUGGGGGGGGGGGGCGGCCCGUGGGUCUCAUUUCUCCCCUUCCUGUAGGGAUGGGGUUCUGCUGCCUUUACCAGGCGGCCGCGGUGAUGACGGCCAAGCGCUGCAGGACACGGCUGGCUUUCUCCAACGCCGUCGCCCGCUCCGGGAUGGGGCUGACGUUUCUAAUUGCGCCGUUCACUCAACUGCUCAUUGAUUUUUACGGCUGGCAAGGUACUCUCCUGAUUUUUGGAGGCAUCAUGUUAAACCUCGUGCCUUCCAGCAUGCUGCUGCGACCUGUCCGCACGCAGCCACCUCGACGUUCCUCUGCUAAAAAUCAAGACCGUGGGUCUUCAACGACAAAGAAGGAUUUGGAAACCCUCCAUAGAUGCUUAGAUGAAACCACUCACAGGGAAAUACAGUUUGGCAGUGCACAAGACCUUCCCACCACGGAGGGAGCCAUGAUGCCCCAUGGCAGAGAUGUCUCUGGUCCAGUAAAUACGUCGGCUUUGGAAGGGCUUGAGAAACCCACUGUGGACAGCUGCUCACCAGAAACAGCCACCGAGGCCACGGGAAGCCACAAAUCCCUUCCACCGGCCAAAAAAGAAAAUUCGGAGCCUCUCCUCGACUUCUCGCCACUGAAGGAUCCCGUCUUCUACAUUUUCACGUGGUCUUUUUUGUUCAGCCACUUGGCCUACUUCGUGCCCAUCUUCCACCUGGUAGCCAGAGCCAGGACGCUGGACAUCAGCAGCAUGGAUGCCUCUUACCUCGUUUCAGUGGCAGGCAUCACAGAGACGGUCAGCCAGCUGCUCUCGGGCUGGGUGGCCGACCAGAACUGGACCAAGAAGUACCAUUACCACGUGGCUUACCUUGUCCUCGCUGGCACCACCAACCUGCUCUGCCCUCUGGCCACCACCUUCCCGUUCCUCAUGACCUAUGCCGUGGCCUUCGCUGUGUUCUGCGGUGGGUUCAUGGCUCUGAUUCUCCCUGUGCUGGUGGAUCUGGUGGGGCUGGAAAAACUCCACAGUUACUUGGGCUUUGCUGCCUUCUUUGCCGGGAUAGCAGCCGUCGGCGGACCUCCCCUCGCAGGGUGGCUGUACGACUACACCCAGACAUACGCCUGCUCCUUCCUCCUUGCUGGAGCCUGUGCUCUCAUCUCACCUCUCUCCUUCUUCUUCGAGCCUUCGGCCCAGAAAUGGAAACUUAAAAAAGCCAACCCGAACGACGGCCCCGCGCUUGGCUGA